UUAAGAAAAACACACAUCGAUACAAAGAAAGUUGCAGAGAUCAUUUUAGGGUGGUGUGGAUGUAUUAGUUAUAAUUCGGGGGCAGAUAUAGAACUUCUGACUGAAAUUCAGUCUCUAAGAAUCGAGACAUCCUUCAGAGCUUCUUCACCACAGAAGUGAUGCAGAUGACGGACGGAUUCAGCCAGCUUCCUGUGUGAUGCUCCCCUUGGAGCACACACAGCAACCUUGAUUAGUAAGGAGCAGGAAGAAAAAGAGUUCCCUGCACACAGUGUAACUCCUCCAUGGCAGCAAACUGCAAGUUGAUGAUUAGCGUUCACCCAAGAAAUAUUUAACAGUGUUUGUUUGUAGCGAUUUAGUGGGUGACAUUGUCCCUUCAAGUGAAGAACUGAAAUUCAGUGAUGAGUUGAAUGGAGAAAAAUGAGGACGUUCGUAAACAGAAGAGGAAGAAAAGGAAAAUGCAGGGUCGUCUGCCAUAAGUGCAAUUUACUUCUGGAAAAGCAAUGCCAAACAACAGUUUUUCUUUCUGGGCAGCAAAAGAUGACAACAAGCCCGACCUGCUCUGUGGGAGGCCAGCCGAUUACUUUGUGGUCCAGAAGCAUUUUACAAUUAUCAUAAGUGCCAUUAUUGUUUUGGGAGGGUUUUCAAAGAUGAUUUUAAAGAAUUCCGAGGUCUUUGCCUUGAUGGUUCUCUCUGUGUCAGGAUUUGUGACAGGGCAACUGGCUUACCAUUUUGUCGAGGUGCACCAAAUUGUCUACCCUCUUCUAAAAACACCAAGUUUUUCACUUUAUUGUUAUUUUUUACCUUUAAUUGUAUUUGUGGCUGCUUUGGACGUGGACUUUUAUAUAGUCAAGAACGUGUUAUGGCAGGUUUUGCUGACGGGAGUGAUUAGCUUUGGGAUAGCAUUUGUCACCAUUGCGUAUGUGGUUCUGAAAUUCAACGAAGACUCGUGGGAUCUGCAGUGCUGUUUACUCUUCACCAUCACGCUGUGCAUAAUAGACCCUCUCCAUUCCGUCAACUCGCUAAAAACGAUUGGCAUUUCUAAGAUGUACACGGACAUUAUCAGAGGAGAGUCGUUGAUCAUUUGUAGCUUCACAUGCAUUUUCUUUGGAAUUUUCCGGGGCCAUACAACUAACGUUUCCAUGUUCAGGGAGUUACAUGUCAUCAUUGGACUCAGCUUUGACAUUUUUGGAAGCGCAAUAUGUGGAUAUUGGUGUACGAGAUUCAUUCGGAUUAUACUGACCGACCUUUUUAGCAACACACUGACUAACGUUGUUCUCUGUUUUUCUCUGGUGUACAUGACUUUCUACCUCGUGGAAUAUUUUGGAAUGUCAGGAAUUGUCGCUUUGGUUACAGUAGGCCUGAAUUUAGAUUCGUUAAGUUUUAAACCGAGGAUGGAGUUCAUAAUUACUAAGUUCUUAAUAAUGUGUUCAUCUGCAUAUGAACAUUUAAUAUAUGGCUUCUUUGGCAUUGUGAUUGGCUGUGGAGAAAUCAAAUAUUUCAGAUUCCACUCACUAGUUUUCACUGUCACCUUAUUUGUAACAGUGAAUUUUGCAAGGUUGCUUACUGUUCUCUUCGUGAGCCCUAUUUUGAUGCAUUCAAGUUAUGAGUACGAUUGGCGAUGGGGCGUUGUCAUCGCAUGGUCUGGAAUUAGAGGUGUUUUUAGCUUACUCCUGGCUCCAGAUAUUUAUAGUUUUUCUGAACGUAAAAUAGAGGCACCGCAUAUGUUUAUAUUCUAUAUACAAAUACUAUCAAUAUUGACAACAGGAAUAAAUUCACAUAUGAUGCUUCGAUCAGCCAAGACAUUAGGUUUGUGUGCUCUCUCCCUCCCAAGACAAAUGGCUGUUCGAAAUGCCAUUGAACACAUACAGCAGAAUAUACAGAAUGCAAUAAAUUUAUUUAAAACAGAAAAAAUUUUAACAAAUGUUAACUGGAAUGUAGUAGAAGAAAAAGCAAAUAUUGGAUACAAUCCUAUUUUAAAACAGACGCACACUGUUCAGGUUUCCUCUUUUCAUGGUCCAAAAGAGGAGUCCCCAACAGAUGAAGUUUUAAUAGAAGAGGCCAGAUUGCAUGUAGCUAUAAUACAAAUGAGCAGCUUUGAAAAGCAGUGUAAUGAUGGGGUCCUUGGGGUAGAGGCGGCCCGGAUAUUAAUUGGUGCAACCAAAAGCUACUGCCCCAUCCACGGAAAAUUCAUGAGUAUUUCUGAUGUUUCAACUUAUGUGAGAGCUAGAAGUUGGCUUAUAAAGUUUAAAAACAUGUUAACUUACUUGGAAUAUCACAAAGAAAGGAUACUUUUCACUGUACCUGGGAAUAAUAAAUUUCUGAUUUUUGUCUAUCGCAUUAUAAUUUCAGAAGAAUUUGAAUAUGCCACAUAUGUUGUAUCAGUAAUGUAUAUUUUCCCUAUGAUAAUACACAUAUGGCCAACUGCAAGAGAGCUAAAUAUAUCAGCACUGAUAUCCAUAAACUACUAUUUUAUGUUUUUAUACACAUUAGAAUCAGCACUGAAGAUAAUGAUUUUAAAAAAAAAGUACUUUCUUCAGAAUUGGAAUACUUUGGAUUUUUUCAUCAUAGUUAUGGGAAUCGUUGAUAUAUUGUGCAUCUACUUUGUCAAGCUGAGACCAGACAGCUUGAUUCUGAUCCAGUUUACAGUGGUGAUAGGAUAUUUAAGAAUAAUUAGGUUUCUUCCUAUCUUUAAGAUUAUAAUACCAAUACUAAUAAAUAUUGCGGACGUACAGAUCAAGAAGAGCCUCAGUUUGAUGUACAGUAUUACAAAAGGCUAUGUCAAAAGUCAGGAAGAUGCCAAACUUUUGGUCAGGCAAAUUUCUGGUCGUGAAUCAAUCUAUCAGAAACUGUAUGACAUUCUAGAAAAAAACAAACGAGAGGCUAUUAAAGAACUAGGGCUCCUAGAGCACGAAGGACGCGAUGUCGUCAUUGCCCUGAAGACAAAGCAGGCCAUCCGCCAUGUGAUUGCUAAAGCCCUGAAGAACCUCACCUUCCUCUGGUCAAGAGGCAUCAUUGACAAGCACGAGGGCAUCGAAAUGAAUAAGGUACUUCUUACAAAAAUAAAAGCCUUGAAUAACUUUCCAAUGGCAAUCCCACCUCCAACCCCAGACAAAUACCUACCCAACAUCGUUUGGAUGGAAAAUAAAGAUGUUCUCAUUGAGUUCUUCAAGGAAAGAACUCGACUCACCUAUUUUGACUACGGUGAUAUCAUCUGUAGAGAAGGUGAAAUGCCCCAAGGAAUCUUCUUAAUUAUUUCAGGAAUGGCAAGUUUGCAUAGCUCAUCUCCCACCUUUGGGUUAGACGCAAACCAGGGGACUGAAAGACAGUUCAAGACUAUGUACACAGAGUACUGUACCAGUGGAGAUGUACUUGGUGAGCUCAGCUGCUUGCUUAAGCGUGAAAUUGAAUAUACUGCCAUCUGUGAAACUACUUUGCAGGCUUUCUUCAUCUCCUUGGAGGAUUUAUAUGAAGGUUUUGAUGUCUUCUGGCCAUCUCUGGAAUAUAAAAUAUGGCUCAAGCUUGCUCUUGGUGUUGCAAAUCAGUAUUUUGAACAAGUUAUUGCUGGUGAGGAUUUAAAGUUUCAGAAGUGUGUGGUGUCCAAUUAUGCAUAUGUGGAGACUCUGUCAAGCUAUAAUGAAAUGACUCUUAAUCAUGUGGCCAUGAAAAUCGUUAUUCUUGUGUACGGCAACGUAAUUAAUAGCAAGACGGAAGAAUCGCAUGUUGCACCCAGCAUUAUUCCUAAGUCCUGUGAUCAGAUCCAGGGAAUUUCAGAUGUAAGCAAGCUUCUGAUAAUCCUGGCAUCCGAACCUGUCAAAAAUGAUGCAGCUACCCCUGCCAUGGUCAGUGGUGAUCUUCGAACAACCAAGAAAGACUAUAACUGGAAGAGAAAAGACGAGUUUGAAGGUGGCCAUCUCUUUAGAAAGACAAAUUAGAGCAGCCGUUAUGAUGUGUGGAGUCAGGUAACGGUGGAGCUGACACCCGGCACAAACGAUGUUGACUUAGCCACUGCUCGAGCUGUCUGCCGCUGCAUUCAUUUCAGAAGCAAUCAGUGGGUGACCACAGAUGCUUCAGAUCUUGAGUAGCUGCAUUAUGCUUGAGAUACUCAAAAUUCUUCAGUAUAAUACAAAAUUCUUUAAAACGGAGGGAAGGAAACCUUCCCUUAGCUUAGCACAAACGGUAACAGAGUAAGUUGGCAAAUGAGGCGUGCAAUUUAUGUCGGAGUCUGAAGCGCAAUACUCAUGGAAUUGCCAUAAUCUAUGCCUCUCCGACACUUUGUAUCUUCCCCCUCUAAUUUAGUAUGUGCUGAAAAGUGGGAGAAUGGUCCACAGUCUUGGUUACUGGGAGCAAAGCUUAGGAGAAGUCCACAUCUUUACGUUUCAUAGUCCUGCUUGCUGUGACUUUCCAUUUUCUUUUUAAAAGUCAAAUAAAGUUGAAUGUUAGGAUCAAUGAAUAACUUUUUAGAAUCCAUUCCUUCUUAUCAUUUUAACGAGACUGAGACUAUGUGAUAGUUUUGGGAAAAAUCAUAAUACAGGUAAGAAUAAAAAAAAUGUACAGGACAAAAAGUUGAACUUUCAGACUUCUCAGGGCAGGUCCUGAGUGGCCUUCACUGUGUCAGGAAAUGUCAGAUGUGACUGUACCGACAACAUGGGUUCACGUUCUGAUGUGAUGUGCCCAGAAAUAGGAGCACAUGGUGCUGCCACUUGACAGUGUCAUGGGCCAAGUCCCUCCUAGUGUCCCACUCCCUCACCUGUGGCCCUGGCCUCUCAUGUCAGCGAAACACCCAUGGAGAACUUUGAUUCUGAUGGAAGGCUGCUUAGCUUGAAUAGUCAGUUUUUCAUAACGUAGAAUUUACCUGAAGAGCCUCUGCUAAGGAAUGACUUAGAUCAGGGGGCCUGUGGACAUGUUUGUGGUGGGGAUUGCCCUGACUGUUGAUGUAGGAAGAUCCAGCCUGUUGUGAGUGUGGGGUACCAUUUCAUAGGCUGGGCCCUGAACUGUUUUAAGAGCGGAAAAAAAUAAGCAUCUGUCAAGCAAAGAUGCAUUUAUUCUUUUUGUCCUUGAUUGGGGAUGUGAAGUGACCACUCCUUGCCUUGCUUUCCCCCAAACGAUAGAUUAUAUCCUAGUCAAUAAGUGAAAUAAACCUUUCUCUGUCACUUUUGCCCAGGGCGUUUUCUCACUACACAACAGAUGGCUUUGUCUUUCUGCAGUUAAGGGUUCUCUUCCUGGACCAGAACUGUCACAUGGCUACAUGCUUGUUACCCCGAGAUGAGCUGGAACCUCCUCCCCUUGCUACUCUGACCUGUCAGGCCCGAGAGGGAAGCAUCAAUGAGCAACAACAGUGUUGCUUGGCCUGUCCUGUAAAUGGUUCUGUGUUCUCAAUCCUGGGCUCUUCAUUUGAACGUACCGCUCAGUACAUAAAUGAUUAAAUGCAUAUUUAAUCUUGCAGUCAAGUGUAGGCGGUCCAGAUGCACUGGAAAAGGUACAGCUUUACAGUCUUGCUUAGGAGGUCAAUUAGCCUGCAUUUGAAAUGACCGGAAGGAUGAUACUUCAUUUACAGAAUGCUUUGUGCUUCAGGUGAUUAGAAAAAACUCAAAAGCUGUAAGCACCAAAGAAAUUUAUUAUCAUUACGUAACCCAAGGACAGGUUUUUCAGAAGGUAGAAAUUAUCAGACUAGUUUUUUUUUCCUUCUAUUGUUAUUCACCUGUUCUGUCCUAAUUCUGCGGUUGCAUGUUUUCCUGAUCACAACCAACAGCAGACAAAAAACAAAACCCAAACCCUUUUGAGUUAUUCUUUAGCUAAAGGAUUAUUUUAGAAGUCUGACAUGGUGGGUGGCUCACACCGAGAAUCCUAGCAUUUGUAAGGAAAGACCAAGAGUUCAAUAGUUCAAGGCCAGUCUCACCUACACAACACUAUCUCUCCCUGUGUGUGUGUGGGGGGGGCAGCAGAGAAAUUCUAGAAACCCCUAGGAACCUUCUAUUUGUGUCUCAUGGGCAAGAAUUAUCACACACCCAUUUCUGAACUAGUUAGCCACAAGAGCUGGGGCUUGCAGAUUAGCUUAGGUUGGUUGGCCAGGGAGCCCAGAGAUACACCUGUCUCUGCCUUCUCAGUGCCAGGAUUACAAGCUUGCCCUACCACACCUGGCACAGCAAGCAUUUCACCAAUUAAAUAUCUUCCCAGUUCCCAGGUAAGGAUUUUUUUUUAAAGAAAAAACCAGUUAACAUAUACUCAAGCCAGAGUCAAAAUUCUAUUUUCUCAGCUUGCAUGUAGGAACUGACAGCUUGAUUGAUUUGGCCUCUUUGUGAAGGUGGGGGUGAAAUCAGUUUUGGCAAGCACCCCUAGAGUUCAGUUUGUCCCUGUGCUCACCUAGAAGGCCGUCCGCUCUUAUAGAGCAUUUCUUAGUUUCUGGAAGAGCCACUCAAGCUGCCUCUUCUUUCCUACUUUCCUGGGCCGGAGGUAGCACAGACACCUUUAAUCCUGGCAGUUGGGAGUCUGGGCUACAUUGUGAAUUUCCGUUUCAAGUCAAAACCAACAAAAAAAUUUCCUGCAGUCAUUAUUCAGCUUCAAGAAACAAAUCUUUACAUGGAUAAUAAAAUUCAUUAAAAAAAAAGAUUCAGUCCAAAAUUUAUCCCUACCCCACCUCCCCCAACAUUUAAAAUCGUGUUCACGCCUUGGAAAUAUCCAUCUAAUAUUGAGUAUUUGUAUUUGGUAAAGGAUACUUAUACCAAGCCUCGGUCUCAAAACUGUCUAGUGAGAAGUACCAGAAUUCAGUUUUUAAAGAAUUUUUAUACUGACAUUAUUAAUGUGGGCGGAACAGUCAAAAUGCCAAGAUUUAGAAGCCUGCGUGAGGAGGUGCAACACGUUUAUGGAGAUGAGGAAAAAGGCAAUGAAUCUGGCUUAGAAUUUACUAAUUCAGUGGUAAACAGUCCAUUGAUCAAUAAAAACUAGACUCAAGUUUGAGCAACUAACAAUGGCAACAAGGGCAUGGUGGCGUCCUCUUGCAAAUCCUGGCACCUGGGAAGCUGGGGCAGCAGGACUGAUUUCAAGGCCAGCCUGGGCGCAAAGCAAGAUAGUAUCACAAACAGAAAGCAAAAACCUCAACAGGAAGUUGAAGCCAGACUUCCCAUGGAAAGCAAGCACUAAAACAAGCCAGUGUUUAUGGGAGAAGAGAGCCAGUCGUGAGGUACCUGAUAGGUAGGGAAUGACAGGAGACAACAGCAAGGAAGUCAGGAAAUGAACUGUCUGGGCAACGUCUACAACACAACAAGGGGCUCCUCACCAGACCCAGGAUCCACCAUUGCCUUAAAUAGCCACUGCUCAAGCAACCCAGACCUAGACCCACAAACGCCUUUCUACCCUGUCUAGUAGCAUUGUGUAUCCCCAAAACCAUUCAGUUUGGAGCAGGAAAAAAAUAUAUAUACCACCAUCUCAAAAGCUUUUUUUUUUUUUUUAAUGUAUGCUUUUAUGCCAAAAGAUGGCAGCAGAUCCCACUAGAAAUGGUUGUGAGCCACCAUGUGGUUGCUGGGAACUAAGGGCCUCCUCUUAAUCGCUGAGUCAUCUCUCCAGCCCCCCAAAGCUCUUUCUUCUGUCUCCCUGUACUGCUGAGAUUAGGUUAAGGCUGUAGUCUACAUACCUACUCCUGAGACCCUAGGCAAACAGGAAGUAACGAAGUGGCCCAACACACGUGAGAGAACCUAUCCUUCAGUGGCUCCUGUUUCACAUGAAAUCUUACUUAUUUGUCCUUGGAGAAAAAUACCCACGUCAAUCCUAGCAAGAAGGAAGCCUGCUUCUGCUCCUUAGGCUAAGUCUUCUAGGCUAGGACUUCAAAACGUGACAACACAAUUUUCAACAAAGGAUUUUAUUUGUUGAACCCCAAAAAUCAGAAUUCAGGAAAGUGGCAACCUACUGCUAGGACAGUUUAGUGGCGAACCAUUCUGUCACCGCCUGUCCUUACAAGGUGUGUUCACAUGUACAUGGCACCAGAGCAGACAAACAGGAACCCUUGGAGGGAUGAGUGGUCUUGGGUGCACUUCCCUCCUUGGCAGGGCAAAGGAUGCCUCUUCUGAGCCCCCAUUCGACAGAAACGCACCAGAUUCCUGAUAGCACAAUAGUUAGAAAUUUCCCCGGGCUGUUCCCAAGUUUGUUACUUAUGAAAAAUACAGAAAUGAAAGUUUCCCCCAUUUCACUAUUUUCCAAGGAGGCUACAAAAGGUGAUAGUCAUUCUACCAUGGAGCCGAGUG